UUAUCGGACGCAUUUCGCAGAAGUUGAGCUCAGCGGGGCGUACGAACGUUCGUGGAAGGAACGAUACCGUCAACCUCUGAGGCACCAGGAGUAGCACUGGAAAGCCGUAGUUACAGCCAUUGCGCAGCGUCGAUCACUUCGUUCGCACAGCUUCUUGGACCGUUUGCGCAGCAAUGGCUGCAGCAUCGUCGCAACCCGAGGCUGCCGUCUCCACACAAAAGACCAAGGUAGCCUCCCGUGCUCCCAGUCUCAAGACCCGCGGACCUCUUCCGCACUUCUUUCAGGUCCUAAACCUCGAAAAUGACGAGACGGCCAGAACUCUUGUCGGGAUCUUUCAGGAGCAAAUCGCCCUUGCCGAGGAAAUAGUGAAAUCGAGGGAGGAGCUGACGGAAGCGGAAGAGGCUCUUGGAAAAGUCGAGCAGGCGCGGCGAGAACUACAGCAGGACAAAAAGAAAGAAGAAAAAAAGUUAGACGAGAGAGAACGCGCGGCACGAAAACGAGAGAAGAAGAACGCCGAACGCGCGGCUAGAAAGAAGGGAUUCCCAGUAACGGGAGGCCUUACGGUCACAAGUACAAACGUGCUGACGUUCGUGGAAGCCCAGGCAUCCCUAGCGUCCGUGUCAGGGCCAAAGGACAUUUGCCGAAUAGUGGAUGUCAUCAAAAACGAAGGAACACUGGUGUCGGAUACAGGACGAUACUUCCACACAGGUCCCAUCCGGAACGAAACCACUUUCCAACUACUGUGCGGCCUAGCAUUCAGGGAAGUUGCGGAAGCGCGCGAGAAAGUGACGGGGCUGGAAAAGCGCGGCAAGGAGUUGGACACUCUAGCGGAUCAGGGGCAUCAAUCGCUGAUGGAGGUCAUCCGGAAACGGUACAAGCACCUUUCCUUGAAGUACCACCCUGACAAGAUCGGAACGCCCACCGAGAACGAUUAUCAGAGAUUUCAGGAGCUGCAGACUGCCCAUCAAGUCCUGACAGACACAGAACUCAGGCGCCGCUAUAUCCAAAUGAUGGAUCACAAUGCCUUCCUCGCAACUUUACCUAAGCCUUCGAAGAACGCCGACCAGGAAGGACAUCGUCCAGUCACAAAGCGCGAUGGUGCAGGCGGCCAAGCAAGCCGAACAGUUAAUCCUAACGACCACAGACGACUCACCGGCGGCUUUCCGCAUCAAUGCACCAUGCCACGCGCUAUGGAUACCAUCCUCACGGAUUCGAAGCGAGGCCACUCACGUGUUCUACUGAGUUGGAGUUGCGCUUCGGCUGAGGAAUUGCAGAUCUCGCGAUAUGAGCUCCAUGUCAAACAACGAAGCAUGGGGCCGGAAGCAAGCGAGUGGGUCAGAAUAUAUCUGGGAUGGAGCACUGAGUGGUGGACUGAUGUAUUACCACCCGGGCACUACUCCUUCCGAGUCAGGGCUGAAAACAAUCUGGGCAUCGGCGAAUGGUCCACCUUUCUGGACCACUACAUCGAAGAUAUCCAGGCCGUCCGGCAAAUGAGGCGGGAAGAAAUGGAGAAAAGCAAAGAAGAGCGCCGCAGCAGAUUAGCAAAGCGCCUCCGUGGCCAAAUCUCCCUCGUCAUCAAUCAAACCGGAAACGUCCCCACUACCGAGAAACUGUCAAAGCUACGAAAGCUUCUGGACCAAGCCCGCCGAAGCCGUAUGGAGGACAUUGUCUCUGAAACCGAGGACAUAGUCGUUGAUCUCGAGGCCCGGGUGGCGCGGAAUGAGGAGCAGCAUCUGUGGAAGAGCAAACUCAAUGAACUCGUCAAAGCGCUGCUUAAGGAGGACGGAGACGGCCGGGUGCAUCUCGAGGACGAGGAGGAUGGCGAUGAUCGUGGAGACAACAAUGACGCAGGAGAUGAGGAUGAAGGCGGUGCUGAAGACGAUGAGGACCUUGUAUCCGACAAAGGAUCCCGUCGGUACAGCUUUGCGGCGGAUAUGAUGCACGAGGUGACGGGUCGCAGGCCGUCGACCACGACCGUCUGUUCAUUCGACGAUGUCCGUCGUGAGGGCUCGCUCUCGGAUCUCGAGGACUUGCUGUAUUCGCUUCCGAUCAUGUACCCGGCAGACACACCGUACAUCCUCCCACCGACGAUCAGAAACCAGAUCGUGCAGACCGUACAGGCCGUCAUCCGCAAUCGCCCCGCUUUACGUGUAGUCUCCAUCGUCCCCGACACGAAUCAGCCCUCCGACAUUUCACUGUCCAUCGCCAACCGCGAUUGCUACAACAGGAUUCUAGCGGUCUGCCGCGUCGCGCUGGAGCAGAAGGAGUACCUGGGCGGACAGGCCGGGUUCCGCGAGGUGGAUAUGGCGACGAGGCUGCUGGUGCGGGAAAUAGAGGACGCAAAUAAGGCGAUGGAGAGGAGGCGAUUGCAGAUUGAGGUGUUUUUGAGUGAACGUGAGGCGGCUGCGAAACUGAGGGCGGAGGCGGACCGGGCGUCGCGUGACCACAUCACCAGGAGUGGAAGUGGACGGUCCCUCGCGCAAUCUGGCGUGGGUUCACCCACCACCACAGAAGAAGAGUCUAACAUCAUCGAAGACGGGAGUGAUUCCGCGUAUGCGGAAACGGCGACACCCACACAGCAGAAAGAGCAAGUACCUGUGAAAGAGAUGGACGAACCACCACCGCCGUACACACCCCGCGAGACGGACGACGUGGGCACGCAGAUGGAGUCGGAGGAUGGGGACCAGGACAACUUUGAGUAUGUGGGGAGCACACCCCGGUUGAGGAGGAGGGGGACGAGGGGUGGGACGCGCAGGCGGAAGAAUUCGAAUGCGGGGCUGGUGGUGCCUGCUACGGGUGCCUCGGCGCUGUCCGAGACGUCGCAGCCGUCGCAGGUAGCGGUUAGCCCGUUGGCGGCGAGGAGGGCGGCACCAGCACCGGCGACGCGGUCUCGGACGAAGAGACCUGCCGUAUCCGCUGGUGUGGCGAGCGCGGCGGAAAUGACGGAGCACGCUGAGCACGGCGAUUCGACCGCAACCGACAACGGCAUUGCACUUUCCGACGAGGGCGGUGAGCAUACCCCUGGAGAUACCGGCAUACAUCUCCCGGUCCAAUUCGGAAACAUCGAGAUCGGCUCCGGCAAAGGUGCGAUUGAUACCCACGCACCAACCUCAUACCUCGGGGACACUAUACCCGACCCAUCACCCGAUACACACAAAUCAGCCGACCUCGAUUUGCAAGCCUUCCUAGCCCACCUGGGUCUUCAACAGCACUACCCGACCUUCGCCGCCCACGCCGUCACAUACGGCGAUCUGCAACUGCUCCGUGAAUCCGAUCUUGUGCGUCUCGGGAUCACGAAAGUCGGCCCUCGUAAACGCAUCAUGCACCUCAUCAAGGAACAGAAGCCUGUCGACCCUUGCCCGCGCGGGGACAUUCCCGUCACGGGCGUGAUCAGCUGGUUGCGCUCGUUAGAUCUUGCCGAGUACGCUGAAGCGUUCACGAAGGAGGAGGUGGCGUUUGAGGACCUGAAGACGUUGACGGAGGACGAUCUUGUGAAUACGUUUGGGGUGGAGAAGAUUGGGCACUUGACGAGGAUGCUGGGGGCUGUGCAGAGGUUGAGGGGUGCGGGUGAGAGGUCAAACCAGCAGGCGGCUGGGGAGGAUGAGUUUGCUGGGGAUGGGCAGAAUAAGCAGCAGCACCAACAGCAACAACAGCAUAUUGGAUCGGAACAGGCGGCCAACAUGCGCAGUGGGGUGGCGCAACCCAAUCAGGACCGAUUUGCGAAUUCGAGUCGGAUUGCUGAUAAUGGACAAACGGCUUCAUCAAGCGAUUUACUUGCGAAUAACAUCAAAGCGGUACCUGAGCAUGCUUACAGUUUCCCGGCCUACCCGAUACUCGACCACGCCGCUCAAUCGUAUUCUGCUGGCGCGGCUUCCGCCAACGGUCUUUCCGACACCUACGAAUCGCUUGGCGGUCAUGGUCCCGUUGCAUCUCUCAUUGACGCGUGGGGGGAGCCGCAUGUGCCUGGUCAGCCUAGCCCGAGCCGUUUCUGGUCUCAGAGCGAGACCGAGGGUGGGAAUAUGGAGCCCCAUGAAGUAGCGGUCGGGUCUCUACCUAUGGCGAACGGAUCGGCAACGUUCUACGACCGCGACCGGUUCUCAGGGUAUUAUGACGGCCUACCCAUCUCAGGGCUCGCUCCGCAUAGACAGCAGCAGCAACAACAGCAAUACGCCUUCCCUGCCGCGCUUCAACAACAGCAAGCAUUCCAACAGCGUCCUCAACAACAGCAACAACAACAACAACAGCAACAAGCGACAUACAGCAGUCUUUUGCAACGGUCCAAGACCCCGCUUUCGGCCACGGGUCCGGCUGCGAAUGCGCAGGAUGCUGCGGCGAGGCUCCAAGCGAGGGCUGGGAAUGGAGCGGAGCAGAUGGGGGUGCCGCCAGAGUUUUUGUGUGCGUUGACGAGGAGGUUGAUGGCGAUUCCUGUGCAUGGGCCUGAUGGCUACUACUACGACCACGCCUCCCUCCGCGCACGCCUCAUCGCCGACAACACCUGGCGGUCCCCCAUGACCAUGAUGUACCACCCGGUCGAAGCCUGGCACCGCUCGCUCAACAACCCAGACAUUGCCCUCAAAGGCUUCAUUGACGCAUGGGUGCUCAAGACCCGGCGCCGGGGCAGCGUCGGCGCCCUCAAUGCCGCGCGCGAUAUCUGGCGAGGCGGGAAUGAUAGUGCCCUUGACGGCGGAGGUGCAAAUGGGAUUGGGGGCGUUGCGGGUCUGUCGCUUGCGCAGAAUGGACCGCAUGGCAAGGAGGAGGUGGCGAUUCCGGUUCCGAGCCAGGGGUUGAAGGCGACGAUGGGGCUGAGUGGGUGGACGGCGGAUGUGCCUGGUGGGGCGAGUAUUUGGCGGUGAUGAGACAGGGAAAGAUGGAUUACUGUUGAGGUUGAGAGGGGUGGCGGUGUUGCGAUUAUGGAAGGUAGGAUGUUAUUCCUAUUGUGUAUAGACAUACCUGUCGAUAUUAUGAACAAGAUGAAUGCUCCGGCGAAACUCAGUAUCGGAAACAUCAGCGUUAUCAUCAUCAUGCCAGCAAGAAACGCAAUAAUGAUCGAUAAAGGUCACACUGCAAGCGA